UCGAAAGAUGAAGGCUGUUCAUGCUGUCCUCUUGUUGUUGGCUUUAACAAGAGAAGUCACCUGUGAGUUAGUGAGAAAAAACAUCUUUGUGAGCCAAAACAUGACCUGGUCUGAAGCUCAGAGAUACUGCAGGACGUAUUAUGAAGACCUUUCGACCAUUAACACACCAUUGGAGCUUUUAAAGUUCAAAAGAGACAUCCAAGACUAUCUUUCUGAAGAUGGUUGGGUCGGCCUUAGUAAGGGUUCACGUGAAUUGGUUUACACUUUUUGGUCUGAUGGAAGCGUUUUAGGAGUACCUGUGUGGAGAUUUGGUUGUCCAAGUCACUUGAACGCUUUUCACUGUGUGAGUAUAAACAACUUGGAGUUGGUUGAUAAUAACUGUGGAAGACAUAUGCCAUUUUUCUGCUACAAAUGGGUACCUGACAUGGUCUUGGUGGAGAUGAUGAUGACCUGGGAAGAGGCACUGCAAUACUGCAGAACAAACUACACUGACCUGAUAAGUGUGACCACCGACAACGAUCUGACAUCAGCUAAAUCGGCAAGCUUGAGCAGCAAGACCUCCCGGGUUUGGACAGGCUUGCGCUUCAUGGAUGGCUCAUGGUUCUGGGUGAACAAGGAUCCUCUGGGGAACCUGACCACUGUGCCGUCAUGCCCUAUGAAACCUUACCGCUGUGGAGCCCUAAAAGCUGGAGAUGAGGUCUGGGAGAACAGAGACUGCAAUGAGAAAUUAAACUUCCUGUGCAGUUACUAAAAAGGGUCUCUGCAAUCAAAAAAUGGAACCAGAUGGAUCAACAAAGAAGAAGACAUAAGCUGAUCUCAUGCACUCUGAAAAAAAGCUUGCUGGAUUUAGUUCAUUAAAAUGUGUACAUUGGUUCCAUGUGAUUGAAGUUGUAAAUAAAAUCAUACACAGAGCUUACACCCAAGCUGAGUAUCAACGCCACAGUGCUGGUGUUUUACAACAGACACAUUACCGUUGCACUUUUCUACCAUGCAGGUUUUAACUGAUUGUUUCUCCUGAGAUUUCACCAUGUUACUAGUUUAAAUUAUGCUACAUGACUUGAUCACACACACACUCUACCUCUAUGAUUCAAUCUAGUAAUUAGAAACAUGUUUAUAUUAAUUUUACUAUAAGCAAUGAAAUAAAAAUGCAUACCACUAUUAAUUAAAAAUAAAAGUAAUUUGUUUUCAUGUCAGCAUGCUGUUUGUUGGUUGAUGAUUAAUCUAAUUCUUUUAAAUCUUGUAAAUCUAAAGUUGUGAAAACUACUAGUAGUAGUAUCUUUUUAAAUUUUUUGUUGUUGUUGAAGAACAUGACCAGUGUAUGGACUUCAUGUGCUUACUGGUUGAUUAAAGGUUCUACACUGUAAAACAUUGAGAGCCUGAUUAAAUUAUGUGAACUUAACAUGACUCCUUUUACUCGCG